AUGGCGCGGAUGGCGGGAGGACGGGCGAGCGACGGCGGGGUCCCGGGAGCCAGCGGCGCCGCCCGGCCCGACGGCAGCGCUUUAUAUGCAGGGAGACGGCUUCCCCGGGCGCCUCCCUCCUUGCGCAUUAACGCGCCCCUCUCCCUCCUCUCGCUCCAGGUGUCCAAGUGCUCCGAGGAGAUCAAGAACUACAUCGAGGAGCGCUCGGGGGAGGACCCGCUGGUGAAGGGGGUCCCCGAGGACAAGAACCCCUUCAAGGAGAAGGGGGGCUGCGUCAUCGCUUAGGAAGCGCACCCCACCGCCGGGCCGGCCGCUCCUCUCCCUCCCCUAGGCUCACCCGCCUGUCCCCCCCGCCGGGCCCUCUCCAACAAGCACAGGAGCGGAUUUACUGUCUUUUUUUUUUUUUCUUACAAAAAUAAAA